CCCAAGCCAACCCCGCGGCUAGGCGCACUUGGCCCCACAGACGUCUCCACACGCUCCCCCGCAGCCGGCCUCGAGGCGGUCUCGGCCCCACAGCUGACCCUACACUCCGGCCCAGAGCGGACCCCGGCCGCCCCUGCCAUGGAGCUCGAGGAGGACUUGGAUAUGUUGGAUCCAGAGAGGUUAAUUCAGUGCCCCUUGGUUAAACAUCACUGGAUCAGAGCACGGCGGUUUCCGUAUCACCUGGUGAAGUGUAAGGAGAGCAACCCUGAAAUUGCAAAGAAAUUGGCCACAUGCCCUUUCAACGCUCGUCACCUGGUUCCUCGGGCCAACCUCAGCGACCACAUCAUGAAGUGCAAGGACAAAGCCUUUGUAGAGCAAGAUGUGGUGAGCCGGUCCUUUGAGUCCCCGCAGGAGCAGCUGAAUAAUGGGAGCACAUGGCAGGCACCUCCUUGUGCUGAAGACUGGGAAACAGACUUGCUGGAAGGAUCCGAGUCUACUUUUGUUUGGGGUGUGAUCAGCUCUGCCAUGAAAAGCACCAUCAGUGACAAGAACAACUCCUUGCCCUCAAGGAUGCGGCCCCCUGAGACCCUCCCGUACAACCUGUCUGCAGGCCUAACUCGGGAGUAUUAGUCCCUCCCCUAGGAAUCUAGUUUUGCCCCAGCAGUAAGCAUCUCCCUGGUUUGGAUGGGAGAGCUCCUGCAGAAGACAGACAUGCUCUGGACCUGAUGGCAGAACUCUACACUUGGCUUUUUUUGCAUAAUGUGUUUCUGUAAUGUUUGAAUAUGUGGAACUGUCCAUGGUUACCAGAUGUUUCCCCCAACCAUUUGUUUUAAAAGUUACCCUCACCUUGGUGAAUUUUGUUACUGUUCUUGAAAAAAUAGAUAAAUGUACACAGAAACCUUCCCAGGCUAGCCCUGCGUCUUGGUGGCUCCCUGUGAACAGGAAAAACAUCGUAAUUGCUAAGUCUCUGGUUUUUGUAACAGGCAAACUUAGAAGUAUUUUAAUGUGCAUGCAGUUUUUGUUUUUAUUUGUUGGACUCUGAGUUUGUCCACUCAGAGUAUGGGAAGUGUUCAGGUUGGGUUUUAAACCGUGUUGUUGUUUGCAGAGACUGCUUUGAGAGCAUCCUGAGCUUAACUUUUGCACCUUCACACAUUAAGCCUUACAUUUGUCACCUUAGGUCUUACUUUUGUCUCCUGUGAGUGACUUCCCCAGGCAGACCUUAACAGAGAAUCCUCUGCAAGUUCCUUGCAUCACACACAACUCCUAACAGGGAAAGUUUCAGGAGGACACUGAGGUGCUUUUCCAGUUUCCAUUAGAGUUUUGCAGUUUUCUAAUGCUUGAAACAUGUUUGAGAGCUCUCAGGUACCUGUCCUGUAUUAGAGGAGGAAGGGAGUAGGAAUGGUUUAAUUCAGUAAAAAUGCAUGUUUAGGACUGAAAAUGUUCAGAUCAAGCAGUAUAUUUCUAAAUAUGCAAAGUACAAAACGGGAUCUAAAGAUACAACCAUAAAGAAUUAAGAAGCCAGACAUGGUGUUUGUCUACAAAGAGAUUAAUUCCUUCUAAUUUUCCCCUAAAGACUGGAUAUCCACCAUCUAUCUGUAUACUAACACUAGAAAAUGCUACAUGUUGACUGGAAUGUGCAAAAUUAGGAUUCUUCUAAAGUUCUGUCAAUUUAUGUUAAGGUUCUAGUUGGAAAUUUAGAAUAAAAAUGUUUUAAAUGCC